GCAGAAUACUGCUAUUUUUUUUGCGUUGCGUAUUUAAAUACAAAUAUCCAAUUAUUUGCUUUUUACCUGUGUGCUAAUAAUUGCAUUGCAUUUUAUAGCAGUCUGUAUGUUUGUGCGCGGGUUCCAAAAGUAGUAGCCACCGAAAGAAUUCGCCCCGCGUGCCGCAUUUGACGCGAUUUUUUGUUGUUUUUGAGGCCAGCUGAACGAAAGAAACCGUGUGUUUUUGAUAAAAAGCAAGUAAUUGUACAAUAAUAAAAAAUAUAUAUAUGCGUGGCUGGAAGUGUCGCCGUUUAAGUCCAAACGCGCGCGUUCUCUUCCGGCAGCGGCAUUAGCGCCAACAAAAGUUCUAUAACUAUAACAACGGCGAGGAAAACCGGAGUAACAACAAAAAUCUCUAAAACUGCGACAACUCAGGCAACUUUAUCUGAAGUGAAAUGACAUCCAAAAAACGAAAAAGCCUGUUAGUCCUCGACGACGAAUUGAUCGAUUUUGACGAUGAUGAUUCGGGAUCAGAUUUCGAUGAUGAUGAAGACCCAGAUAAAAUAGAAGUGCCCGGUGGUGGUCGUGAUCUGGAGACAGCUGUUACCUACGCCAAAAAUAUACGAGGCGGUAGUGGUAUUACCAACAGCAGCGCCGCCAGCUCCAGCAGUAACAGCACCGGCAGUAGUACCCUGGGCCCCAGUAAAAUUAUCAACAAUAAUAGGGGCAGUUCGCUGCUGAGAAUUAACCGAGUGGACGGUCGCGUUGUGGGUGGCACGAAGACGACGAUAAAGCCGGCGGCCGCAAUUACAGUGAAGCCCAUUGCACCAGUUGGCGGAGGAGGAGUGAUAACGAAAUUAGCAUUAGAGAAUAGUUUAAACAACAUGCCAAAGAAAUUGAAUAAUACAAUAUCGGUGAGUUAUGCUAGCAGCGGCGGCACCACAGGCGGCACACGUGUUGCGAACGUUGCCGGCGGCGGCGGAGGCACUGCACCAAUGUCGAGCAACACUAUGACGGUGAACAAUGCAGCAGCGGCUGCAGCGGCAGGUGCUGCCGGCGCCGGUGGUGGCGGCAUGAAAGUCAACACUCUUAUGCUUGACAAGCUGCAGAAACUGAUUGCCCUGCAUCCGGAAUACUUGACGAGUGGCAUACCCAACCACGUGAUGACCCAGCUGUUUAUGCAGCCUAUGCGCAUGGGUCCGCAAUCGCUGCCAAUGCCUUCCAUUUCGAUGCCAAUGGCACAGUCGAGUGUGGCAGCUGCAGCGGCUGCGGCGGCAAUUGUCCAACAGGAGGAGGAUGAGGUGGACUAUGAGGAAAUGGGCGUAGCUGAGACCUAUGCCGACUAUUGGCCAGCCAAACUAAAACUGGGGAGGAAGCAUCCAGAUGCUGUGGUAGAGACCGCUUCCUUGAGCUCUGUGGAACCAUCUGAUGUGUAUUACAAGCUCUCUAUACCCUUCGAGACCAUUAAUAGUGGCCAGCUCAGCGCCCUGCAACUGGAGUCCAUCACAUAUGCAUCGCAGGCUCACGACCAUUUACUGCCCGAUGGCAGUCGAGCCGGUUUCCUCAUCGGAGAUGGCGCUGGCGUUGGCAAAGGUCGCACCAUAGCGGGCAUUAUCUAUGAGAACUACCUGAAGGGACGUAAGAAGGCGCUCUGGAUAUCGGUGUCCAACGAUUUAAAGUACGAUGCAGAGCGGGACUUGAGCGACAUUGGUGCCACACGUAUUGAGGUGCAUGCGCUAAACAAGUUCAAGUACGCCAAAAUCAGUUCGGAUGUCAACAACAAUUGCAAGCGCGGCGUCAUUUUCAGCACCUACUCGGCGCUCAUUGGUGAGUCGAACAACAAGACGGGAAAGUAUCGUUCACGGUUCCGCCAACUGCUGCAAUGGUGUGGCGAGGACUUUGAGGGUCUCAUCAUAUUCGAUGAGUGUCACAAAGCGAAGAAUCUGUGCCCGGUGGGAUCGGGUAAGCCCACAAAAACGGGUCAGACGGUGCUGGAGCUGCAGCAAAAGUUGCCAAAGGCGCGUGUCGUCUAUGCAUCGGCUACGGGCGCUUCCGAGCCCAAAAAUAUGGCCUACAUGGUGCGUUUGGGCCUGUGGGGUCAGGGAACGGCUUUCGCAAAUUUUGGCGAGUUUAUUACGGCUGUGGAACGACGCGGCGUUGGCGCCAUGGAGAUUGUGGCCAUGGACAUGAAACUGCGUGGAAUGUACAUUGCCCGACAACUGAGCUUCAAAGGCGUCAGCUUCAAGAUUGAAGAGGUACCGCUGUCCAAAGAAUUUCGAAAAAUUUAUGAUCAAUCCGUCGAGCUCUGGGUGGAGGCGAUGCAAAAGUUUACAGAGGCCGCCGAGCUAAUCGAUGCCGAGAGUCGGAUGAAGAAAACGAUGUGGGGUCAGUUCUGGUCGUCGCAUCAACGCUUCUUCAAAUAUCUGUGUAUAGCGGCCAAGGUGAAUCAUGCUGUGCAGGUGGCACGCGAGUCCAUCAAGUAUGGCAAGUGUGUGGUCAUUGGUCUGCAGUCAACGGGUGAGGCGCGCACCCUGGAUCAGUUGGAACGAGAUGAUGGGGAGCUAACCGACUUUGUAUCGACAGCCAAGGGCGUCUUUCAGUCGUUUGUUGAGCGUCACUUUCCAGCGCCCGAUCGCAAUCGGAUCAACCGUAUUUUGGGUUUAUAUGACGAUGUCUCUAUGCACAAGCAAAAGCUAUUGGAGACGUCCAGUCUGAACAACAACAAUAGUAAUAGUAGUAGUAGAAUAGGCAAGCGUAAGGGCGCAGCGCGGAAUAGCACGGAUAGCCGCGGUGUCGGAAGUAAGAAGAAGAAGCGCUGCGGAUCGUGGCACUUCAGCGACAGUGAUGAUGAAGGAGCGCUAUCACCCACCAACGAUUUGGACCUUCAACAAUCCGAUAGCGAUAGCGAUGCGGCGAACAGUGACGAGGAUGGACCCUUUGGCGAUGGUGAUGACGAUGAUGACGAAGAUCAAGAAGGGGACAGUGAUGCCAAUGACGCGAGUGACGCCUCCUCCGAUUUCAAUCCAUUCUUUAGCGGUUCCGAUAGCGACAUCGAUCCCUGGGUCAAUGCGCGAAAUAAAAAGUCCACCAAAAAGAAGAAGAAGAAAACAAAGAAACAAUCAAAGGGGGCUAACAAAUCAAAAUCACAGUCAACCAGCGGCACCAACAACAAUAACACGACGACCACCGAUGCCAGUGGCAGCGCAAACGUAGCCAUGUCUGCAGCUGUGGCCGCAGCCCUAAAUGCGGUUAAGAGUCGCAAAGCCCAGCUUUCGACGCAGGAUAAAAUUCAAGACUUCCUCCAAAAGAAACAGGAGCUAAAAGGCACUGUGACGCCCGUGGGCGUCAAUGGCGUCAAACUCAAUUAUGGCCCACCGCCAAAAGAUGCCAUCGAGCGUGCCUGCACCAUGAAGGAGGAGCUGUUGCGCAAAAUUGAGCGAUUGGGCUCACGCUUGCCCCCCAAUACGCUCGACCAACUGAUUGACGAGCUGGGCGGGCCCGAUAAUGUGGCCGAGAUGACGGGUCGUCGGGGACGUGUCGUCCAAAGCGACGAUGGCUCCAUACAGUAUGAGUCCCGCACAGAAUCCGAUGUGCCGCUCGAGACGCUGAACAUAACAGAGAAGCAACGCUUCAUGGAUGGCCAGAAAGAUGUGGCCAUCAUAUCAGAGGCAGCUUCCAGUGGCAUUUCACUCCAGAGCGAUCGUCGCGUGUUUAACCAACGACGACGCGUGCACAUUACCCUGGAGUUGCCGUGGUCGGCCGAUCGGGCCAUACAACAAUUCGGACGCACACAUCGUUCCAACCAAGUUAAUGCGCCCGAGUACAUCUUUCUUAUUUCGGAUCUGGCCGGCGAGCGGCGUUUCGCAUCGACGGUGGCCAAGCGACUUGAAUCGCUCGGCGCCCUCACGCAUGGCGAUCGUCGUGCAACAGAAACGCGAGACUUGUCCCAAUUCAAUAUAGACAACAAGUAUGGCCGGCAGGCUCUGGAGACAGUAAUGCGCACCAUAAUGGGCUACGAGACGCCGCUGGUGCCGCCGCCAACAGAUUACAGUGGCGAGUUCUUCAAGGAUAUUGCGGGUGCACUGGUGGGCGUUGGCAUUAUUGUGAACAGUGAGAGCCAUCCGGGCGUGCUCAGUCUCGACAAGGACUACAAUAACAUAUCCAAGUUUCUCAAUCGUAUACUUGGCUGUCCCGUUGACUUGCAGAAUCGUCUCUUUAAAUAUUUUACCGAUACCAUGACCGCAAUUAUCAAUCAAGCCAAGCGUGGCGGACGUUUCGAUUUGGGAAUUGUGGAUCUGGGCGCAGCGGGAGAAAAUGUGACGCGUGUGCGCUUGGUGCGCUUUAUGCGUAAACAUGCAACAGGUGUGGCACCUACGGAGCUGCACACAGUGCGGGUGGAACGCGGAAUGAUCUGGCAGGAAGCCAUUGACAAAUAUGCGGACCUGUUUAAUGAGCACGAAGGCUUCUAUGUGUCCCAUCAGUUGCGCAACCACAAACGAACCGCCAUUCUGGUCGUCCUCAUCGAACAGCAGUCCCGCACCACUUCGGAUUCAGAGAGCAGCAGCAAAUCAGCGCAGAAGAAGGCAUCAAAACCAAAAAGCAAAAAAGAAAUCAUGUGCCAGAUUUAUAGACCCAAUACGGGGUUACAAGUGCGACACGAAUCGCUGUUCGAGCUGGAGAAGAAGUAUCGUAAGGUGGAUAGUGAGGAUGCUGAGCCUCACUGGACGGAACAGUAUGAUGCAUCGGUACAGACGUGUUCACAUGCGUAUUGGAAUGGCAAUUGUCGAAAUGUGAACCUAGGCAAUGAUUGUGAGGUGGGUUUGCGGCAACGUUUGUAUCACGUGUUAGCCGGAUCUGUGCUUUCCGUUUGGGGACGUGUCGAGCAUAUAUUGAAUACGCGUUCCAACAGCAAAAUGCAAGUGAUACGCAUGAAGACCACUGAGGGUGAGAAAAUUGUUGGCACCAUGAUACCGAAGUCGUGCUUUGAGCCGCUCAUGAAUGAUCUGCGCAGUGAUUCCGAGAAGCAAGAGGAGUUUAACUAUUAGAUAUUGGUUAAAUGUAUUGUUACAUGUUUAAACAUUUCCUUCCGAGUUUAAAGCCAAGCAAUAUCAAUGGAUAUGGAAACAGAGAAACACAGAUAAUCUCGCGAGUAGUAUGUGUUGAAGAUAUGGAACGAACAGCAAGAAGCGCUUUGGCAUUAGCUUAAACGUUAAUUACUAUUAUUAAUUUUUUUUUUUAAAUAUGUAGUCGUACGUAAACUAUUUGUAUUUUACACUCACCUACAUAUACAUUCUUACAAACCAUAGCAAGUAAAAUAUUAUAUGGUAUUGCAAAUAAUUAUGUAUGAAAUGCAAAACCGAAUGAGAUGAGAUAAGGAGUACAUGCCCACACAGAAUGAACGAAAGAUAUGACUUGAAAACGCUUAAAAUAUGGACUACUUUUUCUUAAUUAUUUAU